CCCAACUUAAGUACACAAGGGGGAAAGCCGAGAGAGCACGGAGCAGAGUCUAGCAGUGCAGACUGCAGAGUACAAUGAAGGUGGCGGUGGUCGGCGGCGGGGUGAGCGGGCUGGCGGCGGCGCACGAGCUGCUGCUCGCCGCGAGCGGCGGAGGAGACGGCGUGCGCGUGACCCUGUACGAGCAGGAGGAGAGCCUCGGUGGGCAUGCCAGGACGGUGGCCGUCGACGACGGCACCGGACGCGUCCACCUCGACCUCGGAUUCAUGUGCUUCAACCAGGUAACAUAUCUCCACAUGAUGGAACAGUUAGAAGGGCUCGGGGUGGAGAUGGAGAGAUCAGACAUGUCUUUCUCAGUGAGCACACAAUUGAAAGGCGGUAGCAGAGGAUGUGAGUGGGGCAAUGGCAACGGUAUCCCGGGCCUCUUGGCACAAAAGACCAACAUACUGAAACCCAGUUUUUGGCGCAUGGUCCGUGAGAUAAUCAAGUUCAAGAAUGAUGCUCUGACGUACCUGGAGGACCAUGAACACAACCCUGAUCUGGACCAUAAUGAGACAUUGGGGCAGUUCAUUCAGUCGCACGGAUAUUCCCCAUCGUUUCAAGAGGCUUAUCUUAUUCCAGUCUGCACAGGCAUGUGGUCAUGUUCACCACAAGACGUUUUGAGCCUGUCUGCUUUCUUCGUGCUGUCAUUUUGCCGAAACAAUGACCUUCUUCAGCUGUUUCGUCACACCCAGUUGCCCACUGUCAAGCCUCGUUCACAGUCCUAUGUAAACAAGGUAAAAGGAGAAUUGGAAAGCAUGGGCUGUCUAAUCAAAACCAGCUGCCGGGUGAAAUCUGUUUCAAGUCUUGAUGGAGCAGCUGGCUACAGAGUCUUGGAGAAUGAUGGUUCAGAGGAAACAUUCGACAGUGUCAUCCUUGGGGUCCAUGCACCUAAUGCUCUGAAAUUAUUAGGAGCUGAAGCUACACAUCAGGAACUGAGAAUUCUAGGUGCUUGUCAGUAUGUCCAAAGGGAUAUAUACCUCCACUGCGAUCAAAAUCUGAUGCCCCAAAAUCCAUCGGCAUGGAGUGCCUGGAAUUUCCUGGGGACAACUAGCAGGGGCUUUUCUGUAACUUACUGGCUAAACCAAAUUCAGAAAAUCGGAUCUGUCAGGCCUUUCCUGGUGACACUCAAUCCCCCUGGUGUUCCGGAUCAUGUACUGCUUAAAUGGAAUACAAGCCUCCCUGUUCCAUCUGUGGCCGCGGCGAAGGCUUAUCUUCAGCUUGAUCAGAUCCAGGGAAAGAGAGGAAUAUGGUUCUGUGGGGCAUAUCAAGGUCAUGGAUUCCAUGAAGACGGAUUGAUGGCUGGGAAAGCAGCAGCUCAAGGUUUGCUUGGAAAGAAAUGCGAGCUUCUGUUGUACCCAAAGCAGAUCAUUCCAUCAUGGACCGUGGCUGGGGCACGCCUUGCAUUUACAAGAUUUUUCAUGCAAUACGUAUCUAUCGGUAACUUGAUAUUUGUUGAAGCGGGAGGUAGUGUGUUCAGCUUUGGUAAAGCUUGCAACAAAUGCCCUGUAAAAUCUGUUGUGCGAGUUCAUGACCCCUUGUUCUAUUGGAAGCUCUCUCACGGCUUUCAGGCUACAACAGAAGGAGAGAUUGGCUUAGGAGAAGCCUAUAUUAACGGCUAUUUCUCUUGUCUUGACAAGAGAGAAGGCCUUCUGAAUCUUAUCCUGAUUCUCAUUGCUAACAGAGACGAGCGUAAGAGCCGCGGCAUUGCCAGAAAAAGGCGUUGGGGCUCACCCUUGCAUGUAAUAGCUCGGUUGUCAUAUGCUAAAUACGUUUUGCGCCACGCCUCAAGGAAGAACACCGCAGCACAAACUCGUCGAAACAUCUCUCAGCAUUAUGAUCUUAGUAAUGAUUUCUUCUCGCUUUUUCUGGAUAAAUCGAUGACUUACUCUUGUGCAGUUUUCAAGAUGGAGAACGAAAGCUUAGAAGCAGCCCAGCAACGUAAACUGAGCCUUCUAAUCGACAAGGCUAAAGUUGAGAGGGAGCAUCAUGUUCUUGACAUCGGUAGCGGCUGGGGAAGUUUAGCAAUACAAAUGGUUAAGCAAACUGGUUGCAAAUACACUGGAGUUACUUUGUCAGAGGAGCAGCUUAAAUACGCCGAGAGUAAAGUAAGAGAAGCUGGCCUAGAGGACCACAUAACUUUUCUGUUGUGUGACUAUCGCCUAAUACCACCUUACAAGUAUGAUGCGAUCAUAAGCUGUGGGAUGAUCGAACAUGUUGGCCAUGAAUACAUGGACGAAUUUUUUGCCUGCUGCGAGUCUUACUUGGCUGAAGAUGGCAUAUUGGUCCUCCAGUUCAUCUCAAUUGCAGAGGAACGAUACGAGCAAUACAGAAGAAGGCCACACUUCGUCAAAGAAUACAUAUUCCCUGGCGGUUGCAUUCCUUCUUUGGCCCGUGUAAUGUCUGCCAUGACCACGUCAUCAAGGUUCAGCAUAGAGCAUGUCGAGAAUAUUGGGCCCAAUUACUACACAACUCUGAUGCACUGGAGGGACAACUUCAUGGCCAACAAAGAUCAAGUUUUGGAACUGGGCUUUGAUGAGAAGUUCAUCCUUAUAUGGGAGUUUUACCUCAUAUACUCUGCGGCUGGUUUCAAGUCACGAGCAGUUGGAGAUUACCAGGUUGUUUUCUCUCGCCCAGGCAACCGUCGGCUAGGCAUGCCUUGAUGGCUGGCUAAAGGCAACUUAUCCUUCUCCAUUAAUAAGUCAGCCCUGGAAUGGUCGCUCAUACGGGCAGCCUAAUCAGGUGGUUUGGUGAUCUAUCUUCUUGUUUUAAUCAUGGAAUGUUUAGUUUUCAUGGUAGUGUAUUAUCUACCAAUAAACUUGCAUGUGUAUGCAAGUGCUACAUUAGCCUGGUUACUAGAAUUUGAGAAUUGUAUUAGAAAAAGUUGAUGUCCUUGAUUGUAGUUUUCGAUCUUUUCCGUGUUUGACAUUUGUGAUGUUGGUUAUGGGAGAGAAUGGAUGUUUCUAAUUACCAUGUUC